AUGUCCCAGUUACAAAAUUCCUACGGUACAUAUACUACGCAUCGCCAUCAUCUAAACCUAAAAUCUCUCGAACAUAAAUCAGGCCUUAGACUGCUGUCCUCAUUGACAUUUCCGAAUGUCCUGGCACGCUGCUGGUUACCAAGAGAAUCCAUCGACGGCGAGGAAAGGCAGACUUUAUUAAAUCCUCCUUCUACUGUUCCUUCCACACUAACAGAGAGAUACGGUCUAUCCACCAUAAUCCUGCAUUACGGCGUCCACAGCUCCGUAAGAGUAUAUGCCCGGAAAUCUUCUUCCGCAGGUGCUUCUAGGCAACUCCAUGUCGUCAAAAUCCUCCGUCGAUCAUCGGACGCCCUCGUCAGAGCUACCCAGCGGUUCGAACAAUCCCUCUCCUCGGCCGUAUCACACCCCAACCUUCUUCAAACCAUCGAUGUCCUCCAGAACGAACACGGCGAGACCUGUCUCGUCAUGGACUAUUGUGCCGGCGGGAAUCUGAACGCACUGAUUGCCACGGCCGAAGACAGCGUAGACGCCCUUCAAGCAGAUUGCUUCUUCAAGCAGAUCAUGCGCGCGGUGACAUAUCUUCAUGACAACGCAAUUGCGCAUCGAGGUCUGAAGACGGAAAAUAUCCUUCUGACGGCCCAUGGCGCGGUGAAAGUGGCCGACUUUGGGAGUGCGGAGUGGCUGCUAGACGAAGUUGCGAACGGGGAACAUGCCGAGAACAGGAUACGUCUGCAACUGUCCUCGUUGUACUCUCCACGAAAGUUGCGGGGAUCGAUACCUUACCUCCCGCCGGAGGAAUUUAGUAACUAUGCGGCGAUUGAUCCGAGGGCGGGCGAUGUAUGGGCCGCAGGGCUUGUGUACAUGGCGAUGAGAUGUGGUCGCUUACUCUGGAGGAUGCCUUGUGCGGACGAGGAUGGGGGUUAUUGUGCGUACCUGCGCGGACGGCAAACGUAUGACGGAUAUCCUCCGAUUGAAGCGUUGGAAGAGGUAUGA